AUGAGUCCCCCAUCCGGAACUUCAACACCUCCAUCAUCACCGGCACCUGCACGUGAACCGGCACCGACAUCUCCUGUUCAGAUAAAGGCUGCCGAAGAGCAAAAGGAGAAUGACAUCGGUUUGAAUGACAUUCGUGACGAAGAAGAGGAAGAAAAGGAGAAUGACAUUCGUGACGAAGAAGAGGAGAAUGUCAUUGGACUGAAUGACAUUCUCGAUGAAGAAGAGGAGCAAAAGGAGAAUGAGAAGGUUAAUAAUGGAGCCAUUUUGCAGGACAGUGUUGAAUUGGAGCAGAAGAAGAUUGAGAAUGAGAAUGAUCCGCCGAUAGAGAAUGAGAACGUUGUUGAGGAUCCACCGAUAGAGAAAAAUCUUCAAGUGGCAGUGAAUAAGAAUGAGAACGUUGUUGAAGAUCCGCCGAUAGAGAACAAUCUUCAAGAGGCAGUGAAUGAGAAUGAGAACGUUGUUGAGGAUCCGCCGAUAGAGAACAAUCUUCAAGAGGCAGUGAAUGAGAAUGAGAACGUUGUUCAAGAUCCUAUUGAUCCUAUUGAGAAGGAAAUGGAAGAAGUGGCGUAG